AAUCGUUUAGUAAGUUCAGUCAAUGCGCUCGGUAGUUAACAGUUAGCAUAAAUAAAUUGAAACAAAACUGUUAGGUUCAUUGUUAUCCGUACCUCCACAAAGCCUUGACGAUAUUCCAAAACUGUAGUCUUUUGCAUUUGAAUAAGCUUUAUUUUGAAGGGGCGUGUCCUCUGAAUUUAUUAUUUUGAUUCUGGACGUGAUGUCAGCGGACAGCUGCGCGCGCGGGCGCUUGCUCGUGCACCGGCGCCGUUAGAGCGGGAUGUGCGAGGACAGCAGUUGCUACACCGGCCAGUCUGUUGUAGGUUUUUUGUCCUGCGUAUAACGUUAUAAAUACAGGAGAGAGAGGCAAGCAGUGUGCGGCGUACCUGUAAGAGAGUGCGGAGAGAGAGCGCUCGAGCCCCGGGCUGUGUGUUGAGGAGCAUUGGUCCUGUUUAGAUUCACGGCCUCUUCAAUGCCAAGCUGAAAAAUGAUAGAGAUGUCUGUUGUCAAAGAAACUGUUUUAUCGUGUGAGGGGAACACAGACCCCCCUUCCCAUCAGCCCUGCGAACUCUCUGGAAAUGAUACCAACGUCCUCCGUUCACCCGGAAAGACAACACACACACACCUCUGCAAAGUGGAUGGUAAAGAGACUGAAAAUGAGGCAUCACACGAGCACACGGAGAGAUUCGCUGGUGACAGCGUGGCGAGUGAAAGUGGCUUGCUUGUGGUUGAAUUCUCCACACAAACCCAGAACGGUACCCCGCAGUCCAAACAGCAAACGCAGAGACUCAAUAAGCGGCGUAGCACUAUGAGUGCCGGCUUCAAGUACCCCGGUUAUGGUAAACGACGACGCCGUGCCAACUCUGAGAGCAGCUCUGUCCUGCCCACAAACUUCCUGCUGGGCGGGAACAUUUUUGACCCGCUCAACCUCAACAGCCUUUUGGAUGAAGAGGUGAACCGGGCUCUCAAUGCGGAGACCCCCAAGUCCUCGCCGUUGCCGGCCAAAAACAGAGACCCUGUAGAGAUCCUGAUACCCAGAGACAUCACAGACCCCCUCAAUCUCAACUGCCCCAGCACAAGAGACAGAAGUUUGCUGAUGUCUCCACUGAAAAGCGGUGGCAGGCGAAGACAUAGGAACAAGCACCACGGAGCAGGAGGACGAGGUUUGAGUGAAUCAAUGGUGUCGCAGCCUGAGUUUUCCGAGACUAACGGUUGCUCAGCAGCACAAGUUGAUGGAGCCACGUCGCUCUCCGCGUCACACGAGUCAGGCACUGCGGUGGACAGCCUUGACUCCGAGACUCUGAAAGACCACCAAACACUUUUGAGCUCCACUCCUGAGGCACAGAGUUCAAACAAGCCCAAUUCAACCACAAAUGGUGACGACGUGAAAGACAAAAGGGGGAGCGUUCCACCUACCAAUGAUGCCUCGACAGCACAGCCAUCCACAAACCCCACCAACCCUUCAUCAAACAGACAGCGCAAACGCAAGCGUCCCGGCGGCCGAAUGGAUACAGAUUGUUCAUAUGGGGCAAGAAGCUCCGGGAGAUAUUCUCAGUCCUUUCAAGCCGCAGGAACGGGCCGUGCCUCUGGAGGUGCCGACAGGCCCAAUCCAAACCAUUGCAGGUCACAGUACAACAACAACCAGCAGCAGCAGAAAAAGAAGUUUCAGUACGGCAACUAUAACAAAUACUACGGUUAUCGUAAUCCGGGGCUGAGUGACGACCAUCGAAUCUGUGUUUUCAAACCAGAGUGGUUCCGGGGGAAGGCCGUGUUAGAUCUGGGCUGCAACACCGGCCAUGUGACGCUGUCCAUCGCCAAGAACUGGCGCCCUGCACGAAUCGUGGGUCUGGAUAUCGACGGAUCGCUGAUACACGCCGCCCGACAAAACAUACGCCAUUACCUCUCCGUAGUCCACACGCAGCAGGCCCGACGUUCAGGGGAAAAUGGAGAGAGGGAAGAAGAGAAGGAUGUAGCUGGAGAGAAAAGCAAGAGGGAGGAGAGAGAUGAAGAGAAGUGUGCUCCGAAAGAUGAACACGUAGCGAUGGAAGUGGCUGAAAAAAGCAAGGAGAGAAAAGGGAGUGACGCGGAGAACAUGUCCACAGAUGACGAUCGGAAAGGUGAGAGUGGGAAAAUGGAGGAUGGGGAAUGUGUAGGCCUCCCUGAUGUGAAGAAUUCGUUCCCAGUGUCGCUCAGGAUCUCAAGAGGACCCAUAGCUGCCCCCCCUUUGCCUGAGAUGAGCGCAAACAGUCUCCCUCCUGGAGAUUUCCCUGCCAACAUCACCUUUGUCAAGGGGAAUUAUGUGCUGGAGAGCGACUCGCUGCUACUGACACAAAAGGAGGAGUAUGAUGUCAUCCUGUGUUUGAGCGUGACAAAGUGGGUCCACCUGAACUGGGGUGAUGCGGGACUCAAGCGGCUCUUCCACAGGAUUUACAGACACCUGAGGCCGGGGGGACUCUUCAUCCUGGAGCCUCAGCCCUGGAACUCUUACAGCAAGAGAAAGAAACUCACUGAGGUCAUCGGUAAAAAUUACCAUAGCAUUCGGUUAAAACCGGACCAGUUCUCCUCUUUCCUGACUGCUGAGGUGGGCUUCAACAGUUAUGAGCUCAUCGGAACUCCACAGAAUUUAUCUAGAGGUUUUCAGAGACCAAUCUACCUUUUUCACAAAGGACCCUCACCUCAGAAGUGACACAGCCAGUUUAGACCACCAGCUUAGACCAGCAUUUAAAACCACUGGAACUUUGGAUAAUUCAUUUCUUUGAAAUUGGGAUAAGACUAGAACUGAAUUUGACACGUUCAGUAUUUGGAUUUUUGAUGGAAACUCACUGGUGCUGAGACUAAAUUUCUCUCCCCUGCCAUUAAAAGGAAAUCCUCUGUGAUGUUUCCAAUGGUUCUGCUGAAGAUGAGGCCUUCUCUAUUACAGUCAGCUGGUGUUACUGGUUUCUCUCAAAUUAAAGUCCUGCGUAGGAAAAAAAAUCAACGAAAUGUCAUUAAUGUGGAAUGCAAGUUAUAAUGGUUAAAUUGUGUGAAGAAGAUCUGCACACAACAGAUAAAUGAUCAUUCGGGAUUUGUAAUGUUUGCCUAUGAUUGAUUUGUUUUGAGUUUUUUUUGUUCAAAAAGAUUGCACGUUCGCCAAAAAGUUCACACGAAGCUCUGGUUUCUUCUGUUGUUGCCAUGGACUUGAUUUUUCUUCAAGAAAAAAAAACAUUGCUUUUAAUAUAGAUAGCAGUUUUCAUUUUUACAUAGAAAAGCUUUUCACAAUUUUAACAUCAGUCUUUUCAGCAUCCGUUUUGGAGCCAGAUUGAUGGCUGCCACUUUUAAUAAACUGCCAGUAGCUCUUCAAUCAUUAUAUUUUAGGUCUAAACAGAAAAUAAUUUGGUCUUUGGGAGUUUUGAGGUUGAAGUGUGUUGUCCCCAAUAAAAAGUCCAGCUCUCGGAAGUGUGUGAUGACUUUUUGUAGUGGUGUGUCAGGAAACGAUAAUGAAUCUUAUAUUUUAUCUUGACUGAUUUGUCAAUUAAAAAUGUUUAACCAGAAUAGAUGUUGAAUUCAUCACAAUUUUGUAAAAUUGUUUGUUCGUGUCACCGAGGUAUGACGCCUUGUUGAAAGUUUGCACUAAACCGAGGUCAAAUUGAUCUCGUGUGUUUGUAAACUUGAUGGAUCUCUAAAAUAAGUCCUUUUUCAUUCAAAGGACCGUUUCAAAGCAAUUGAAAACUAAAUAAACUGCAAAAUA